GGAAGAAGAAGAUGUUGAACAAGAACAAGAAGAAGAAGAUGACCAAGAACUUAAAGUAAAUAAAGAUGAAAGAAAACUUCCUGUUUACAACGACAAAGAAACAUCAAAGAAAGAAGAGGAAGUAAAUGGGUCAAUUGAGAGAAUGGACUUGAAAGAAUGCAAGAGCUGUGGUAGAAAAUUUAUGAAAGAUCGUCUGGAGAAGCAUCAGUCAAUCUGUAACAAGAACACCAAGUCUAAACGGAAAGUGUUUGAUGUGCAAAAAGCAAGGAUUGAAGGGACGGAUGCUGCUCAGUUCGGAGUACCAAAGGGAAACAAGGUUGUAAAAAAGAAGGACUGGAGAAUUCAACGGGAGGAGUUUGUUCGAGCAAUGAAGGAUGCUAAACGAGCCCAGCAAUAUGUCAAGAAUGGUGGUGAUAUCAGGGAUCUGCCACCCCCUCCUCCAGCAGAAAAUUCAGACUAUAUUGAGUGCCCUCACUGUGGGAGAAAAUUCGGCGCGAGUGCCGCGGAUCGACAUAUUCCAAAGUGCGCAGACAUUUUGAGUAAUAAGAAGAAACCAAUCAAUCAAUCAACACCCAAGAUUAAGAUUUCCAAACCAAACCAAGGAAAAAUUAAAACAAGAAAGCCAAUUAGUAAAUAAAACGUCUAAAUUGUAGCAGCCUCAAAAAAGCGCCUUUCACCAAGAUAUGAUAUGUAAUAAUGUACGUAAUAAACUCACUGUAAGGAGGGAGGGGGUGCAGAGCAUCCAUAUAAGCCUUGCAAAACUGACCUCUGGAGCCUCCUGAUUUGCAGAAUGGCCUCCUAGCCAGCUCUUAGCCAAUAAAAAUCGUCACUGGAAAUAAUUAAGAGAUUUUUUUGAUUUGAUCACUCCCUUGUGUCCCCCCCCAUUCCCCAGCAUCCCUUUUCCAUGAGGGAUGGGAGAUUUAGGUUGAAAGAAUUUGUUUUCUAUGAUUUAUUUAUAUAUCUUUUUUAAUAUUAUUGAACUAUUGAUUAUGAAAGUUAAUUAUCUUUUAAAAAUUUACAAAUUUAAAAAUUUUUAAGGAAAACCGGGUUUUUAGCAAUUACACGCUAUCUUACAUUUUAAGAAUUUUAUGACCCCCGCCCCUCCCCCAGCUUCACAAAAAUUAUAAUUGCUUAACCCUGAAUUUAAACAUAGCAAACAUAGAAAUUCCAGAAUUAUUUACCCACCAACUUUGCCAUCUGUACAUAAAGUCGGUAAAAAUGUUUCGUGUGAUGUAUUUCAAACCUGCAAUAAAAUGUAGGUAUAGUUAAAAUAAAUGACAAUGUAUUGAUUUAUUUUAAUAUUUAAAUAAUAUAUCUUACUAGUUUUUCAGGUCGGAGUGAAAGCAGUGAUUAAUGAUAUAGUUUUAAUCAUGUGUAAACACUUCUAAAAAUAUAAACCUGGUUUUUCAAGUGGAAUUUACCAUAGAUUGCAAAGUCAUUUAUGGAUUUGACCUUUCAGUUAGUAAAACGUUUCAAUGUUACGAUUUUCCUUUGUCGGGGUAGAAAGGUAAGGUUGAAGAAAAUGUUUGGUUUGGAUUUGGGGCAGUUAAAGACGACAUUAAAAGAGGGUGGGGGUUUAGGAGAUAGGUUAAUGGUCAUCAAUGAUGCACCCAUGAAAUUAUAUCGAAUUAGUCUUUCUUCAUAAAAAGCUGCAAUAGUUCUGCACAAGUUUAGGAAUUUGUGAAAUUUAGAAGAACAAAAUAUGAAGCCUUAAU